AUGUCCGUUGUGAUAUACCAGUAUGGGAUUUUGUUGAUAUCGUGGUCGAUCAUCGGCAAUCGGCUGUUCGGGCACAAUAUCGAACGCCUCAAGAACUUUUUCGCAGGAUUACGUUGCAAUGCGAUCCUCGGAUUCAACAGAUUCCCCAUAUAUCACCACAACAAAUACCACGCACUCUACAAUGAUAUGUCGAUCAUGGUUUUCUAUAAUGUCGGACUUACCUUGAUGUUCGCGAUCUACUAUUAUUCCUCCAAGGUGAAGAGGCGAAAGGAGAUCACUAUUGGUACGCUUCAAAAGCUGCACGACAACUUCAAAGUCAACAUUAUUGCCAAUAUGGAUGAUAUAGUGAGAUUCAAAAUGUUUAUUAAGAUUAUGGAAAAACACAAGCACUACAUGGCAGAAAAUGCGAUGGAGAUUGACCAUUGCAAACAGUUCUUCGAACGAUUUGAGCAUCACUCACUAAUGCGUUUUAAUCACGGGAUGCAAUUAAUUAGUUGCCUGGAACGCAUCAAGAAAUAUGCAUUGUGCGCUGUAUUUCUUCGCAUGAAAGUACGGAACAUGUCACUACUAAUUAGGAACGUUCAACAACGGUAUAAGGAACAGAAUCCUCACAAGGAAAAUAAACGUGGGUAUAUAUCAUUGUUGAAAGAAAAACUGCAACUUACAGUUGAAGAGAUAGAUGAAUUUAAGCGGUCUGCGGAAAUAGCGAUAGCAGGCAAGACUGUGGCAAACUCAGUAAAAGCAAACAACGCAAUCUGCGGUACAUGCCGCAACGUCAACUGUGGUGGGCAUGCUGAGCAUGAAGAUUCAAAAUCCAAAACAUAUGAUCUUCUUGAGUUGGAGAACUUUGUGUUACAUCAACGCGGCAUUCCGCGCGCUGACAUGCUACCCGGGCCGUAUGCGAAUUCUGAGUAUACACAACACGACAUGUCACCGAUUCGUCUGACAACACCCUCGCGUAUACAAAGGCUGCCACUUGAUACUUCAUCCUACGGCAAAUCAGAUGAGCAGCUUGAAAACGCGUAUUCAGCGUAUAGGCGACAUGAGUGUGGUACAGCCCACACAUCUUAUGCAGCACGUGAGCAUUUAUCACCGACUCAAGAGCCGCUUGGAACGACGUCGGCUACUGAUCGUGCUGUGGGAUUCGCUUCUGUUCCUGAGGGUAUUUCCCAUGGUUCUGAGGGCAAUAGCAGGUUAAACACACGUGCGACGGAGAGAGUCAGUAAACAGUGUGGCGUGCAAAGUCACAGAAAUGGGCCCAAAUCACGCAUAGCUGUCGCAAAACGACAAAACUCUCAGAAUGUGGGUGUUGGAACUAAAUGGAAGAAAGCUACAAAACUACACAUGCCUGAAGCAGUAGAUACCACUUAUAACCAACAUCAGGGAUAUAAGGACGUUGUUAGUGCAGGUGGAUGCGCCUCAAAACCGUUGGAUGUCAUUGCUGGUGCAUCUGAGUCUGAUGACAAAAAAUUGCCACACUGUGACGACCACAUCAAGUUAAAAGGUAAUGUGGGGACCAAUAUACGGGAUACGCAGGUCAACAUUUCAUCCGUUGGCAAAAAUGGAGCAGCUAAAAUGCGCGUGUCCUCUCUACGGGCGUAUCCACGCAACCCUGCAGAUGAUGCCAUUAUGGGUUCAAUGCCAAACAUAGCAAACGGAAAGCAGAAAUCAAUUACAACCGAACGUGCUACAAACGUGAUAGGUGAUUACACAUCAACCCAUGAGGUCAAGCCAAAAAUGUCCCUAACAAAACGCAGCGCUCACACCCACAAGGCUGAACGAACGGGCAUAUUCAAAGAGAGCAUUUUAUAG